UUGGCCAGUACGUGUUGGCAAGGUUUAGUCACACAAAAACGACGCAAUAUACUCAAUUUCAAAAGGAAUCGGAACAUUUUGUCCCAAUUUAAAAAGAAAUAUGAACUAUGGAUCCUAUCCAUGGGAUAUAUACAGGUGUUAGGUGACGUUGUUGGUGAAACCUAGGGGAUUUUCAGUCGGCGACUGGAAACAACCCAUCCGAAGAAAACCUAUCACUCCGUGCAUUGGUGUACAUUUUGCUGUACAUUUGUAGUACUUUGCAUACAGCACGACAGUCAAACAUGGCUGACAACAAAACAGGGGCGGCUGGUCGUUCCAGACAGAACAAUCCUGUUGAUCAGACGAGACGGUCUGAUCCCCAAUUCAAUGUAGACAAUGGGGUAAAUGAUAUGGGUAGUAAUGUACCUGCUGUAGAAAUAUUGCAGAAAAUGGGCAUUCCUGUCAACUUGAUGGUGAAUGCAAGCAUGAGCAAGAAAAAGAGUUCCUUCCAAAUCACAAGUGUCAGUGCGAUGAAGCAUUCGGAAAUGCAUGAAGGAGAUGCUGAUAGUAUGGACGAUUUGGAUGAAACGCACACUGAGGAUGUGAGCUCUGAAGUAUUGGAUUGCUCCAAGACGACGGACAUCGAACCAGAUCCAAGUUCGACAGAAGAAACGCCACCAAUGGCCAAUCUCGGUUUAGUUGUUGAAGCCAUCAAAGUCGACAAAGAAAGAAGUGAUACUACGUCUCGGUUCAAAGUUGUUAAAAUAGCUUCUAAGGAGCCGUUUAAGCGAGGGCGGUGGUGGUGUUCAGACUUUAGUGAUGAACCUUCAGUUGAUCGGGACAAGGAGAGGGCAAACUCCGAUGUUAAAAGGGAGGAUGAUAUUUCUGUUCCGGUGUCUGAGAACUCGAGUGCGGCAAGUUCUGUACACUAUGUGCCAGAUCAGCAGAAUGAACAUGAAGAAAUAAAGGACCCUGGUAUGUUUUCAUUGAAGACAGACGGCAGUCAGAUGUUGAUAGAUGAUGAUAGUGAUUAUGAACAUCAACAGCGACAGCCGUCAACAAUGGUGAAAGUAAUGCCUGAUUCUGGGCAACCUGGUGUGACGGACAUGUACCAGCAAAAAGCAAUCACCCAAAAUGCUGGUUUAAUGCAGAAUAAUAACCUUAACUCGGUGUCUCAUUCGGUAAAAGAGUUUACAAAUGCUCCUCCAUUGAUUCAGAAUGUUCCUAAGCCACAACAGUCGCAUGUGGCGCCUGGCAAUAACUUGAAAUCGGACCAGUUAAAUUCAGCUUCAAGUAAUGUCCCAAGUUCAAGUAGUUCUCAGCCACCCCAGUCUUCACAUGGAAUGCCUUCACAAACUUCGGGUGCAAUGUCAUCGGUACCUAAACCUGGUACGAAAGGAAAUAUUACGUCUGAUGUGUACACUGGGAAACGGUUGCAAGAUUCCACACAAGGGGCCCAAGGAAAGAAUAGCUCUCCAAUGGCGCAGGGAGCUCCCCCUGGUCAGUCGCCAGGUAAUGGUAACCACGCUAAUGGAAAUGGUACAACUUCGAAGCCAGAGUAUCAUCAGCAGAGUGGUCAGCGAGACACAUCUUCUAAUGUUUUACUUAGUCAGCAGACAAUGACAACAAGUACUGUCACCAAUAGUCAACAAACGAACAGUGCAAGCGUGAUAACUAGUGAUUAUAAUAUGACCAAUUCCCCAAAUAUGUUGCCGAGGAUUCAAGUGACGACGCAGUCGGGUUACGAAAGUGAAUCUGGAGCAAUGGGUGAAGACACUGCAGUUGCUAACGAAAACAUUGCCCCUAAAGAAACGGCAAAGGAUGAUCCCAUGGAUUCUUAUGAGUCGGCUGAAAAGACGCAGUUGCUGUUGGAGCAGAUGGUGUCUUCUGGGCAGGGGAUUACGGCGGCGCUCGGCAGUCCAAUCAAGGACGGAGAUGGCGAUGAAAGACACAGAAGAAGCCCAUUGCAUCUGAUGGAACAGGAUGGUGGAAGUGAUUUGAAUCUGGAAUUAGAUCUGGAAUUGGAUCCAGAGAGUGGGUCAAGUACGGUGGCCAUCGAUAACAAGAUUGAACAAGCUAUGGAUCUUGUGAAGAGCCACUUGAUGUUUGCAGUACGAGAGGAAGUGGAGGUCCUCCGAGAACAAAUCAAGGAGCUCCUGGAACAGAAAGCACAACUCGAAUACGAGAAUUCGGUCCUCAAAUCAGCGGCGUUACCAGAAACACUACAAAAACUUUCAAACGGUCCUCCCCCUCAACCUCCGACCACGUCAGCAUCCUAACACAUCACUCACGCCCUCUAUCUAAUGCAUUUCUUACCACUUUGGUGCCUAUCAAUCGGUUCGUUUGCAAUUUGUCACUCAACGUUGACACGCUCAAUUUUAUGGAGGUUUAGCACCACCUAGUGUAGUUCGUCAUAACUGAUGUCUGUAGAGAUUUCAUGAGUGAUGCUUACGCUGUUGAUCUGUUGCCAUGGUUUAGUCGCCAAGCCGAUAUUUCUGUGAUACGAGAAAAUGUACAAUAUGCCACCAAUGGGGAUCAGUUUAAAUGUCCCUGGCAAGGAUGGUCGCAAUUUUUGUAUUGAAUGAAUGUUGACUGUGUAAUUGCGAGGCGAUGUAACUUAAGUUUUCAUAGUAACAGGAAAUGUAGAAGGAAUGAGCCAUGCUGGUGUACAUCCAUUGAAACACUUUUAAGCAUGGUGGAUGCAACGUUUUAUUUCAAAACUGGGAGAAGUCGGAAAGAUUGUUGCCGGGAUGGCCGAAUGUGGAUUGAGCACACGUGGGAUACAGAAUCUCGGAUGUCUUUCUUUAGGGAGUAUAGGUGUUGCCACUGUUGAUCUAGUCGGUAAUGGACACAAUGUUUUCAGUUCAAGCUGCAUGCCAUUAGAGAGAUGCAUAAGUCACCUUAGGAAAUUGUCAACAUUUGUUUGACUUGAAGAACCAUGAGUUUGCUAUGCCGGAGUUUGCCCUUGCAUUUAUCAUCUAUCCUAAAACACCAUGGUUUCAAUGUCUCAUUCUCAUCAUGGAAUAUAUACCGGUAUUAACCUCACUCUGACCACAGGCGUUUUGGUGAGACAAGCAUAACUUCUUAGGUUGGAAAAGAAUGUGUCGAAAGGACUCUCGGCAGAUGACGCCUAAAAUGUACCAAGUUAGAAAUUGAUUCCUCGUUAUUGGUAUUGGUUGUGUCCCCAAAGACCGCUCGGGUGGAGGUUUCAUUUCACCCCAAACCUCGGCUACUGCCUUUGUUUUGGCCUACAUUUUAACAUCCUUCGCAGUGUUUGGCGAGACAAUCAACUCCUACAAUGGGGUAUCAAUUCGUUUAAUUAUUCCAGCGUGUCUGAAGUCAUCUAUUGUUCAGCUGCUUGACAUGUUAUGCAAUUUGUAACUUCAGUGUAAGACUACAAUUCCAGUUGGCUGUUAUCGCCAAAAAUCUUUGUUUCAAAGUUUUAAGAUCCUGUAGUAUGAAUACAAUAAUCACCUUGAUCACCUGUGGUCCAUGGUUGAGGCCAGUUAUCAUAAUGCUUAUCUUAAUAUAAAAAAAUGCCCUUGUAAAUCUUUGCUAGAGUAAUAUAAUACUAAUAAAAUACUUAUGCAUUAUUAUGCAGUAACUUUGCUGUAUUUUGAAGGAUUUAUUGUGUUUGAUGAAUGAAUUGAUGAAGUGCUUUGAUGAAAUUUUCAGAAAACUUACGAUGAAGUUGUCUUAACUCUACUCUUGAUGAAUUCACUACUAGAUUAUGCUUUAGAAUGCAUAGAUUUACUGCCACUGCCUAUGUCGGACAAUCACCUAGACUGAUGCAGACUAGUCGCGUCAUAACUGUCUCAUUCCAUGUUUGACAAACAGUUCAUGUUGUUUCUUGUAACGGGCCACAUUAGAACGAACAAGUCUUUCGUAAACCACAGGCUGCAAAGUGUUUCAGCCGGAGUUUUAGCUGCACGCUGCCUCUCCUCAAUUUUCUCUUCUUGUCCUGUCGUUUUUCAUCAGUGGUCAAUGCAUUUCCAUUUGAAGCAGGGUGCUGCGCCUGCCCUUUCAGAUUUCUUUCCGAAACACUACUGCAUAUGAGGCAUAUUUCAAACAACUUCUAAUCACUGGGACCUUUGGCAAAAUAUAGAACAAUUCUAAAAGAAAUCACUGGUUGUACAGAUUUAUUGAAAAAGUCGAAAAUACUGUAGUGUUUAUAAAAAUGACCAAUCACAAUACCUGUAUAGCUUAAAUGUUCCUAAAUAUAAUAAUAUUAUCAAGCCCGAUAGUUAACAUUUUUAUAGAUGAAAUGGUGUAUUCAAUUGUAUAUAGAUAUUAAAAUAACAAGUAAAUUGAAUAUUUUUAUCAGAGAUUGAUUGUGUUGAACACCCAAAUGGUGGUGAAAGGUGUGUUGGCUGAGAUUUUGGUGUAGAGGACAUCUGGCCUAGCUUUGUGGUGUUCAUCCCCAGCAGUGCUAAAGGGUAAAGUGCUAAAUGAGAAUGUGAAAGGGUCAUCUCUGAAUCAUCCCUCUGUACUGGUCAGAGCCAUGAUGGUUCUCUGUCUUGGCCUCCAUGCUUCCUUAGUGUUAGGAUCCGAUGCCAUUACAGUGGGAAAUCAUCGCUGCUGGACUAGUAACUUACACCGGAAUGAAUCGAUCACCUUUGGAAGCCGAGGUCAUGGAAACUAAACUUACAUGGUAGGUUUGUAGUAAGCAAGGUAUCAACUGUGUCUAAGUGUUUCGUUACUCAUCGCCCGUAGUUUGCCAAGUUGGUGGGACAUUCCAGGUGCUGUUCAGUCAUGGUUCACUUGAUUGAAAAGCUGGUUCAUAACAAAAGCUCUUCGAGGUGUGUCAUUAUCUGUGUCAAGUAAGCCACAGCUGAACAGCAUGGGCAUGCUGUCAAAUUGUUCAGUUGAAUGUUGGUGCUGAUGUAGCAUCUUGGUUAUCACUGAUAGAUUAAGCAUUUCUAGAAGGCUCUUCAUCUGUAACGUGAUGAUUUUGUAAUGAUCUUUUCCAAAGUCAAACUACUGUUCUGCUUUCUAUCCGUCUUCAGUCCAGCAUGUACGCUAGGUUGACUAGCACCUGAACUAUACCGGCUUACAGGGAAAUCGUCCAUAUUUUAUAUGAACGAAUGAUAUUGGAAGUAUCGUCAUGGUGUGUGGUUGUCAAAUGCAUUUAUGAAUCUUUACUGUGUCUCAAGUUAGAAAAAGGGCGCCUUGAUACCCUGGGAGGGGGGGGGGUCAAACUCUGUCACUGAACGUACUAAAAAACCAUACUUGGGAGAAUUUGAAGCACACACGAACAAGCUACACACUCGAUUUUGACGUCAUCCAUGGUAUGACAGGUGGCACCUCUGGUGGUGACUUGAGACAUGGUAUACUUAAUGAUAAGAGUCUGACUGGUAUGUAUGAUGCAAGUACUAGUAGCUGGAGGAACUUCAUUUCUGAACAAUGUAAAUAGACAUAAAAUACUGUGGUUAGCUGAUAAGUGUUCUAAUUUUGAUGGCUUCUCUCCUCGUUGUAUUCCAGAAAUUACUCAUUUUGGCACCGAUUGAUAAAAUAUUGAUUUUUACUAAUUGUUCAAGAAACACUUUUACCCAUUGCCCCAGCUUGCUUUGUUGUUGUGUAGUACUUCAUGAUGUUCCCAGGUGGCACCACAACACAGAUUUAAAUUCAAUUCAUCUGUCAUGCUUCUCAUAACUAGACUUGUGUUCAUAUAGGCAUUGGGUUCCUGAACAGUGAAACAGAGAGGACUUGUUCUAUUUUGUUUGUAAUCAGUAUACCGUGAAGCUUUUUCUGGUGACAUUUGAUAGAUUCCUGACUCGCUCUUUUGACGUAAAAUUUUCUCCUGCAGAGCCAACUUCAACCCCAUUGGAGGGGAUUUAACUCUCAUCCCUAAGAGGUUACUGGUUCUGUUAUAAGUGUACACUGGCUCCCCUGGUGAUGAAGAAUUCCUUGUCUUUUGCUAAAGCUGCUGGUAUUUUGCUGGACAUUGCGUCUUGAAUGUACAUGUAUAGACAAUUUUGUAAAUAAAAAAUAUUAGA